GUCGGAGCAGCUGUCCGCCAGUGGCUGGCUCUCUCGAUGACGUCAUCAGAACAGCAACAGCAAGCAGAAGGCGAUAAGACCGUCAAAAAGCAUCAGCAGCCAGCGAAACACACACUUACACACACACACACACACACACACAAAGCAAGCAUCGCAUCCACCACUACUCCGUUCCGCAGCAGCCACCACACAGCACACUCCACGCCAGCUAUCGUGUCCUGAGUUAUUGUUUUUUUUGCUCUCUAUCUAUCUCUCUGUGCUACACACGAUGUCUUACGCCUACCUCUUCAAGUACAUCAUCAUCGGGGACACAGGCGUGGGAAAGUCGUGUCUUCUGCUACAGUUCACAGACAAAAGAUUCCAGCCGGUGCAUGAUCUCACCAUAGGAGUGGAGUUUGGUGCACGCAUGAUCACCAUCGAUGGCAAACAGAUCAAGCUCCAGAUUUGGGAUACGGCUGGCCAAGAGGCAUUCCGAUCCAUCACUAGAUCAUAUUAUCGCGGAGCUGCAGGAGCACUGCUGGUGUACGACAUUACACGCAGGGAGACAUUCAACCAUCUGACUACUUGGUUGGAAGAUGCCAGACAGCACUCAAAUUCCAACAUGGUUAUCAUGCUCAUUGGUAACAAAAGCGAUCUCGAUGCUCGAAGAGAAGUCAAGAGGGAAGAAGGUGAAGCUUUUGCCAGAGAGCACGGACUUGUUUUUAUGGAAACCAGUGCAAAGACUGCAGCUAACGUAGAGGAAGCUUUCAUCAACACAGCUAAGGAGAUCUACGAGAAGAUCCAGGAGGGUGUGUUUGAUAUCAACAAUGAGGCCAAUGGUAUCAAGAUAGGACCAUCACAUUCUCCAACUAGUCCUGGUGGUAUAGCAGGCUCCGGUGGUCAGGGUAGUGCACAAGGCGGUGGAUGCUGCUAGGGGCUGGGAUUCGCUUGCCCACCACUUCAUCCCUCAACGAUCUGAACUGAUUAUCUCAUUCCUGCUCUUUGUUUUUCACAGGGAAGCGCCUACAUUGUACACUUAAUUUCUUUUACUAUCCUGAGAUAAUAAUGGGUGAUAUAGGCAGUAUGUUAAUAUAUAUAAUAUAUAUAUUUAUAUAUUAUUUAAAAAAGGAAAACAUUUAUACGGGUAGGCAAUUAUUGUAAGGCGAAUUGUUGAACAUCAGGACGUGCGUCGAACGAAAAGAGCCUCGUGUUACACGUUUUUGCAGACAUUCAAGAAAUGUCCCUCGUAUGUUAGCGUCUUCUAAGAAGCAAGGAAAUCGUGAGAUUAGUUCAAUUAUGCGUGUAUUUGAUUUAAUCGUGUAUUCGAAAAUGUAUCGUACGUUUUUUCUGCCGAUCGUUUUUCAAUUAAAUUUAUUUUAACCGCGGUCUGUUGCUCUAAAGAACGGUCCACCGUUUUCUUUUCUCUUUUAAACAUCGAGGCGGUAUCGAUAAUUUGGGGCAGGAAUGCUAGUUCAUGCUCAUUCAUAUUAUACAACUUUUAUGUACAUGUAUGUAUUAUUGCUGUACCAAAAUGACUAAUAUAUAAAAGAUUUCAAUCAUUACCUCGUAGUUACAAACAUGAGUCAGGCGUCGAAAGUGAAUUUCAGUGUUUACUUAAAUUUUCUUUUCAAACAUCUGUUUGUGAUAGCAAAUAGAAGUGUUUUAAGAUGUAUAAUUAUAAAUCUUAUUACUUUCGGUGCCCUGUCCUCGCGACGAUUGACUCGUGCAAAGGACUAAGUUUGAACAAUUGUGAUGAUUGACUUUGUUUUCAAAUCAAAAAAAAAACCGAAGUGUCAAUUGGUCAAGAGGAUUGUUUUAGGACGAAUUUACUACAUCUCUUAUAGUCUCUCUGUCUCUCCAGUGGAUAUGAAUAGGAGUAAACAAGCAUUGCACAUUAUUUUGCAUACACAUCGAUCGUAGCAAGUUGUUGAGUACUUGAAGCUACUUGGCAUAUCUUUGAACAAUAUAUUUUAUGGACGUGAAACACAUUGUAGAGCGAGGUUUUUU